AUGAACAAGAGACACGAGAUGAGGGCCUUACAAACAAUGAACAAGAGACACGAGAUGAGGGCCUUACAAACAAUGAACAAGAGACACGAGAUGAGGGCCUUACAAACAAUUACCAAGAGACAUGAGAUAGGGGCCUUACAAACAAUGAACAAGAGAUACGAGAUGAAGGCCUUACAAACAAUGAACAAAAGAUAUGAGAUGAGGGCCUUACAAACAAUGAACAAGAGACACGAGAUGCGGGCCUUACAAACAAUUAACAAGAGGCACGAGAUGAGGGCCUUACAAACAAUGAACAAGAGACAUGAGAUAGGGGCCUUACAAACAAUGAACAAAAGAUACGAGAUGAGGUGCGGCCUUACAAACAAUGAUCAAGAGACACGAGAUGAGGGCCUUACAGACAAUGAACCAGAGACACCACAUAAGGGCCUUACAAACAAUGCACAAGAGACACCAGAUGAGGGCCUUACAAACAAUGAACAAGAGACACGAGAUGAGGGCCUUAUAAACAAUGAAUUAACUUUCUACUACCCUGAAUAUGCCGAGCUUGCAGGCAAGGGAGCUGCUUGUACCAACUUUUAA